AUGGCAGAGCCCAAAUACGAUAACGAAAAGCAGAUUGCGGCGAGUAGUGGCUAUGUCCAGGACGAUUACAGCGAGGAAGGUAUCACCUUCGACAGACUUGUCGCUGAAGACCAUGGUCACGAGAUCAAGCUUAGGACCAUGUCAUGGCAGAAGGCCGCUUGGCUGCUGGCCGGAGACCAAGUCUGUCUCGCCAUCAUGGCUCAAACGUGGUCGCUCUCCGUGCUUGGCUGGGUACCAGGAAUCAUCACCAUGCUUCUCGCUGGAGUCCUCUUCUACAUCACCUCCCUUACGAUGCACAAGUUCAUCAUGAAACAUCCUCAAAUCAAGGACAUAUGCGACUUUGGCUACUACGCGUUCGGCAAAUCCACCGUUGCUUACCACUUCACUGCCUUCAUGCUGCUCGCCAACAACAUCCUCCUCAUCGGCUUCCACGUUUUGACCGGUGCCAAGGUCAUCAACACCCUUUCUGAUCACUCCCAAUGCACAAUCGUCUUCAACGUGAUCACAAUGAUGAUGGGCAUCAUCAUGUCCCUUCCUCGCACCCUGAAGCACGUCUCAUUCAUGAGCAUGUUCUCAGCGGCGUGCAUGGGCCUUGCCAUCUUGCUCUUCUUGAUCUUCGCCGGUAUCGAAGAUGCUCCGCUCUACGGCUACAACGGCGACUAUCCAACGGACGGCCCCGUCCACACGUACGCCUUCCCUCCAGCAGGCACCACCUGGGUCGCAUGCAUGAAUGCCGUGCUCAACAUCACCUUCCUCUGGGUUCCACAGAUCCUCUUCCCAACCUUCAUCGCGGAGAUGGAAAAACCAGAGGACUUCCCCAAGUCCCUAGCCGUCCUGGCCUGCCUUUCGGUCAUUCUUUUCAUCGUCCCACCUGCCAUUGGCUUCCGUUACCUGGGUCAGUACGCCACCGCUCCGGCAUUUGGCAGCUUGGGUGUCGUCGCAUACAAGAAGGCUUCGUUUGCCUUUGUCAUCGUGCCCACUAUCAUCAUCGGCGUCAUCUACGCCAACGUCAGCGCCAAGUUCGUCUAUCAGCACCUCAUGCGCGGCUCGCAUCACCAGCACUCCAACACCGUCAUCGGCUGGGGAGCUUGGGCUGGCGUAAUGGUCGCAGUUUGGGGCGUCGCUUUCAUCUUCGCUGAGGUUGUUCCCUCCAUGGGUGAUUUCCUGUCUCUUCUUGGCGCUGCCUUUGACAGCUUCUUCGGCUUCAUCUACUUCGCCAUUGCCUACUGGCAGAUGAACAAGACGAACCUGUUCGGUGGCCUCAGCAGGUCGAUCAAGACUGCUGUCCACGUCUUCGUCAUGCUCGUCGGUCUGUUCUUGCUUGGGCCGGGUCUGUACGCUGCUUGCGAGGCCAUCAUCGCCGACUACAGCGGCCCUGUCAAGCCUGCUUUCAGCUGCGCCAAUGUUGCCAUAUAA